AUGAGUCGCGCAGGGAUAAGGCAGCUUUCGCUGCUUCGGGCGUCGAGACAAUGUCUAUCUCCCCGGUCCCUUGCUAUUGCUACCGUUGUAAGGGGGCCUAUCGCUCGCUCGACACCGCCAUCAGCAACUUUGUUGGGACGCCAGCCAUAUCGACUUUUCAGCACAACACGGCCACGAAGAACUCAGGAUGAGCAGGAUGAAGAUGCGGGAUCUUACAGCGAAGCGGAUCACGAACACGCUGUCAUUUCCACUUUCGAUCUGUUUUCUAUCGGCAUUGGUCCCUCAUCUUCUCAUACUGUUGGGCCCAUGCGUGCUGGUAACAUUUUUGUCAACGAUUUGAUCGAUGCCAAUUUGCUCCAAAAAGUCAACAAAAUCCGCGUCGCCAUCUAUGGUAGUCUUGCUCUCACGGGUGAAGGUCAUAUGACCCCUUCAGCUUUACUCCUUGGUCUCGAAGGCGCCGAUGUCGAAACAGUCGACACAGGCUACGUGCCCAGCCGCUUCGAAGAGAUCAAGUCCAGCAAGAAGAUUUUUCUAGCACGUGGGCUGGCUGCAGAUGGAUCCAAAGGCAAGGAGAUUGAUUUCGACUACGAGAAGGAAUUCAUAUGGGAAUGGGGUCGCAAGCUUCCCCAGCACAGCAACGGCAUGCGCUUCACUGUCUACGACAAGGAAGGCUACGUCCUAGCCACCAACGACAUGUUCAGUGUAGGCGGCGGUUUCGUUGUCAACGGUGCUCUUAGUAUCGCACCCCAAGAAACCCUCUCCGCAAACGCCCCUGCUCAGCUCGAAGUCGGAGAUUCGGACACGGCAGCUCACCCGGCUGAUUUGGCCGAGAACAUGUACUACAAGGAAAUCCGGCGCUCAGAUGCCGCGGGAGAUCGACGAACCGGCACCGAAGUCAAGGCCCUCGAGGAGGCCAAUGAAGGCCCGACAGCUCUCCUCGGAGACUCGCCUGAGCCAACCGGCCUCUCUACCGAUGUCAAGUCCGAGAGCAAAGAUACCAGCUCAUCACCGCAUCCGCGGUACCCAUUCCGAGAUGCCGCUAGUCUGCUUUCACUCUGUCGCAAACACAAUCUCACCAUCGCGCAAUUGGUAUAUGAGAAUGAGAAGAGUCUAGGAUAUACGGAUGAGGACAUUUAUCGAAAGAUCUUCAAGAUCUGGGGAGUCAUGGAUGCCAGUAUUCUGGAAAGUGUCCAGGCACCAACAGGCUCCAAGCUUCCUGGAUCUCUCAAGCUGCAUCGACGAGCGCCGGCGCUCUACCGCCGAUUGACUCGCGGCUUGUAUCCCUCGUCGACUACUGAUACUUCAGCUGCUCAGCUCGAGCACAAGUUCUCUUCGCCUGAAUCCAACCUCAACGAGGAUGGCGCCAGCUCAUCACCGAAAGCUCUCUCUGCGGUUUCAUCUCCGUUGGUGCCAGAGAAGUUCAAGGCUGGCGGCCUUCGGAAGCGCGGUCCGCCACGGAUUCACGGUUCUCUAGAUCACCCUAUCGCUCCAGCUCCUUCUCGCCGGACGACAUUCCCCACCAUGGACUACCUGUCUGUCUAUGCUAUUGCCGUCAAUGAAACCAACGCUGGCGGCGGUCGAAUCGUCACCGCUCCUACCAACGGUGCCGCAGGCAUUAUCCCAGCUGUGCUCAAGUACACCACAGAGUUCAUCAGCGACGACCCUGAGCGAGAUAUUCCCACGUUCCUUCUCACUGCUGCCGCCAUUGGUAUGCUUUACAAGCGAGGUGCCACCAUUUCAGCUGCUGAAGGAGGAUGCAUGGCGGAGGUCGGCGUUGCCUGCUCCAUGGCCGCCGGUGCUUUCGCUGCCUGCAUGGGAGCCAGCCCUGAAACAAUCGAGCAAGCCGCGGAAAUCGGCAUCGAACACAACCUUGGACUGACAUGUGAUCCCAUUGGCGGACUUGUCCAAGCUCCCUGCAUUGAGCGAAACGCGCUGGGCGCGACAAAGGCCAUCUCCAGCGCCAACUUGGCGCUUAGCAGUGAAACAGGCACGCAGCGCGUGAGGCUGGAUGACGCUAUCCGGGCGAUGCGACUGACGGCCAAGGGAAUGAGGAACGAGUUCAAGGAAACGAGUUUGAGUGGAUUGGCUACGAGCGUUCACAUUAAUAUUCCAGCUCUCACAUCUUCAGGCUUGUUGGGGAUCGAGAACCAGAUGGGAAUUCAGCUUUAUCUUCGACUUCCGAUUGGACAUGGGAAUCCAGAGAUAUUAUUCGGCGAUCCUGAGCGCUCGCAAAUGUUUUUGCAAUUCUAUACUGACUAUGCUCAAGGAGAGACCUGGAAACGAGUUAAACCUUUGCCAGACAUUUGUGAUGACCAUUUAUCACGCGAAGGCUUAAGCUUCGUCAACGCUUGUUUCUAUAACUGUAUCAAUGACCACAAACUCUGCAAGCAAGACAACUCUACUUUGCCAACCCGAGUUUUAGAUAUAGGGAGCGCUGGGGAUGAUAAAAUCUGUCUCGUUGAAUCAGAGGUUCUUAAACCUGAGAAAUAUGUCGCACUCAGUUACUGCUGGGGUAGAAAUCCAUCUAUCAAAGCUUUGACCGAGAACCUGGAAAACAUGAAGGCUGGGAUUGCACUCCAAGAACUUCCAGCCGCUUAUACUGACGCAAUCUCACUCACUCGAAAGCUUGGGGUAAGAUAUUUAUGGAUAGAUGCACUUUGCAUCAUUCAAGACUCCGAAGCCGACUGGGAAAGAGAAUGCACUAGGAUGGCCGAUACAUACGCCAACGCUUUCUUGACCAUUGCAGCCUCGUCAUCAACGUCUGUGACCAGUCACUUUUUACGGCCUCAACUCAAGCCACCACCUCGAGCGGCCCAGGACAUGUUCGCGAUCUACAGCGAAUCAAUGAGAAGCGAAAGGGGGCCUCCGAUUCUACUGAAAGUUAGGCUCAUGCAAGCAACCGGUGCUCAUUGGAAGUGGAGACCUUCUCACAGGACGGAUCAACAGCCGCUCGUGGAACCUCUCACUCAGCGAGGCUGGACGCUGCAGGAGAAGGUCCUAUCAACCCGGCUACUGUCUAUAUCCGCAAUGGAGAUGGCAUGGACAUGCAAAGAGGCAAUAUUCUGCGAAUGCGGAUCAAAGUUGAACCACCAGCGUGAAUUUGGGGGAACGCCCUUGAGUCAAAUAUCGCGACAUAGUGAAGCCUUCAAUUUCUGGCACAAAGUUAUUGAGAAUUACUCCAAGAGAAACCUCACGCAGGCCGGCGAUAAGCUCCCAGCGAUAUCAGCUAUAGCCGCGAUAGUCCAGAAGAAGAUCGGGUCAGAUUACGUGGCUGGUCUAUGGACUGAUAACAUUGAUCUGGAUCUGUUGUGGCGGAGGCCAUCAGCCAGUAGGAUUCAAGCUGCCAACUCAUCUUACAUCGCCCCGAGCUUUAGUUGGGCUUCAAUCACGGGAGAGGUCGAUUACCUGUGUUUUCGAAACGGAAAAUGGCCAUAUGAGAAGGCAGCUACUGUGCUGGAGGUCAAUGCAAUCACAGGUCCUGAGGCGCCACUUGGAAGAGUCACCAGCAGCAGGAUGAUAAUCAACGGGCCGUUGGCGAUGGGGUAUCUCGAGAGUCGGGGCCCGUAUGAUUGGUACGCGGUGCGGUUCGGGCGGGCUCUUCUGUGGUUUUCCGCCGAUACGGGCCUCUCAACAAUUGUAAACGCCAGCGAAGUCUCAGUGUGCAGAAGAAGCUGUGAGUACAAGGGAAGCGAUGUUGCAGAGGAGCUGAAGCGGCUAAACCGAAAGCGGAGUUCUGGGGAUACACACCACCUGACCGAGCCCACCACGGGUAAUUCAGCGAUUCGAUGUUGGGUGCUGAGACUUGGGGCAUUUCCGUUCGGGGAUAAGGGGCAGAGAGAUCACGAGUGGCUAGUGCUGGGGCGGUCAGCGACACAGCCCGAGCUCUUUGAGAGGAUCGGACUAGGGUCGCUGAAGGAUAGUCAAGAGGCGGAGGUGCUCGAGUUGGAGACGGUAACGACGGUUACGAUAGUCUGA